UAAGAACAGACGAUGUGUCGUUUUACGCUCAAAUGUUUUUCAAUCUAAAACGGAAGUAGUUGAGAACACAUGUGAGGGAGCUGAUGUGGAGCUGUGUUGAUAAUAUAGAAGCAAUGAAAUACUUGGAUUUACGUUGUUGUGGUGAGCUAUUCUAAAGGAUUUAAAUCUGAAGUGAAACCGACACAUUCCUGUAACGAGCGAGCCUUUACGUGUACCAGCUCUGUUAUCUAAUGAAUCAAUGUGGUCGUCGAACGACGUUUAGGGGGACCUCUCGACAUGGAACAGAUGAUUGAUGUCGCAGGGUAAAUUUGACGUGAUGAUUCCUUGACUGGACGAUACCAUGGCAAACAGUUCGGGGCUGUUUGGGGACAGGAUAGAGGUCGGAGGCGUCACCAUGCUGCCCUUUCCCACCAUCUCUGACGUCAUAAACACACAAAAUCUUACAAAUAUAACGGAAUCAACAAACGUCACAAGGGCGCGGAAGACUUUCUCCUUCGUGGAACAGGUUCUAUUUGGCACGUGGCUGUCAAUAUCUAUGAUUUUAGCCAUAUUUGGAAACCUUAUGGUAAUCGCGGUGGUUGUGAGACAUCGAGGCAUGCGCACUAGGACCAAUAUGUUCCUCGUCAGCUUAGCAGUGGCGGAUUUUCUAAUCGGAAUAUUGCUAGCGCCAUUCUCAUUGGCUACUUUGAUAGCCCAAGACUGGGUGUUAGGUCCAGUUUUAUGUACAAUCAACAGUUUUUUAAAUGCUGCAUGUUUCAUUACGUCAAUACAUACUCUUAUGCAUAUUAGUAUUCAUAAAUACCUGUCAAUCACGCGUCCAUUGACACGGAUUACGAAGUGUAAAAUUCUCGUAAUGAUAUCGGCCGCCUGGGGUUGGGGUUUGACCUGUGCAGCUCUGACCACGGUCAUUCUGUCUCAUGCCGAGUUCAAGGAGGGCACCAUGCAAUGUGGCCCCGCCUACCCUGUGAUAACGACGAAAUCUCUGUUGUUCCAUAUUAUCAUACAGACGUCGAAUAUAUUUCUACCACUCUUCAUCAUGAUAUUUGCAUACUCUCGUAUGUUCGGUGAGAUACGGGAACACAUGCAGAGAAUGGACGAGAACACUGCCAUGGAUCGAGCCCAGAUCUACAAUCAGCAGCGCCGGGUGACAAUCACCCUGUUUAUCGUGCUCGCCUGCUUCGUUUUGUGCUGGAUACCCUACUGUGUUUAUGCUAAUUAUGUGACCUUUGAACCAGACAAAACAAAGUUCCCGCCAUAUUUAAAUGCUAUCGCCUACUGUUUCGGGUACAUGAACAGCGCGUGUAACCCCAUCAUCUACGCCUGGCGUAGCCCCUCGUUCCGUGAAGGAUACAAGGAGAUUCUCUGUCAGGAGCCCUCCUAUGUGGUCAGCGAUGAACAAUAUGAGAUGUUAGAUCACCAGUCGAUAAGACUGUGGCGUCACCAAGAUACCGUGUGCGAAAGCUCCCCAAACCCACUGCGGCGAAUCUCAACCUUCAUAAGUUCCGUUCGAGGCUCAAGAUCUGAUGAGGUGGGGUCUCACACAGUGAGAGGACAUCCCAUUGCCCGCCAAAUAUCAACAGAUUCUUCGUAUAAACUUCUACAUAAGCUAACUGGUAAAACCAAAGCAAAGUCCGGCAGCUCUGUCAUACGACGAGAUGGUUCAGUAAUUCUUGUAAAAAACGGCAAAAUCAUUUCAAUGAAACUUGAUACAAAAUUACGAAAAUCUGACAAUGAUGACGUGUUCGUGUCGAGUCCGUCAACUGCCGGUUCUAACGGUUCUAAAAUAAUGUGUAGUAGUCCGUCUGGUGGCUUGGAGGUCUUACACGAACGAGAUUCGGAUGGAUAUUCUACUGAUGAUCGGCCGAUGUUUCCGAAUGGACGAUCGAACAAUAAAAGCCGGCAGUUAUUGUAUCCGAAUGGAAACUCGAACACGUGUAAUUCUCUAUCCGAUGAUAGCGAUUGUGAUUCAAUUCAGAAUAAAGAACACUCGCCUCGUUCGAAGUCCCACCUCGGCGAUCUAUUGCAAGAUGCUGAUAUCGAAAUUAAUAUAUUGGAGGAUAAGAUGUCAGAAAAAUUUAAAGACGAUUCCAAAUCGCUAAAUAACAAUACGGAGACAAAGUCACCGGCAGAAAAGAAGAAAUUGUGUCUCCUUCCCUGGACAAAGGGGCAUAUGAAUCGCAAGAGGGACACAUCAACUUAUUUAAAUACUACUCUUAAGGAAAAGGACAAAAGGGUGUAUGCCAAAAGUUCGGAUGCCAUAUACUCUGUGCCACUUCUUAAAACCUCGCCUGCUGAAGUUACAAUGGCUCCCGUAGUAAUACGUCAUAGCUCUAGCUUUUCAAAUGGCUCAGCUUUUCCGUCUCCUCCAAGUAACCUCCCUUUGUCAGAGCUCUCCUCAAAUCCAAAUAUAUCGAGUGGUCCUUCCUGAUGUUUAUUUCAGAUGGCCGUACAUUUGUGUGUAUACUGUCAUACGUGUUGCUGUUGUAAUAAAUGUCUCGAACAAAGUUCCUAUUUUAUGAAAGAAAAUAUAUGUCUCGAACAAAGUUCUUAUUUUAUGACAGAAAAUAUAUGUCUCGAACAAAGUUUUGAUUUUAUGAUAGAAAAUAAUCAUGUAUAUAGUUAAAUCUGAAAAAUUACCCGACCAUUACUCACAUUUUUUGUUUGUUUUUGUUUUAAGAAUUGGUAUGUGUGCUCUUUUUAGUUGCGCAGGUCACAAAAAUGAAAGAUAACACAUGACCAAAUACAGCCCUGCGUGCAAACAGGUUAAGUACAGCAAAACUAUUACGGAUCCCUGUUCCACAGGGCAAAACGCUAGAUAUUUCAACUGCAGUUGUUUUAUUUACAUGCAAUUACCUCACUUUACUUUCGUUUUUGAUAAAACUGUAGCUCGAAUUGGCCAUAAUACUAUCUUCGUCUAGAUAGUAUAAAAGGUAAAAAGAUUUAUAAUUUAAUAGAUAUAUUCAUACAAGAACAUAAUUUCUAAUGCAUGUAAUCCUUAAAUAAAACCGUUUUUUUUGAAAUGUAAAAAGAAUCAUUUUUUUCUUAUGCAAGUUUUCUUACAAAACAUUUCUUAAUCACAUGCAUACUUUGUUUUUAAAAAGUGUAUGAUUUCCUACUCAAUUCAACUACGUAUGACAAUCAAAUAACCUAACUAAUAUAUAUGAUGUUGUUUUACAUUGAAUUAUAUAAUAAUAAUCAGACCAAAGAUUCUUAGUUAACUACAUCAAUCAAUUUUAUCAAAUAUAUUAAUUAACAAAAGCUUGUAUUUUAUUCUGGUCAUGUUUAUUAUAUUAUUAGUCCCGCUUGUUAUGACUAUUUUAAUGGCAGCAACGAGACCAAUUUGACGUCACUCUCGUCAAACAUUUGCCCGUACAUGUUAGUUAGGGGGGUACGAUACACUACAAAUUGUACUAUGAUUUUGAUAGUGUUAUCUCCCUUAAAUCACCCUAUAUUAAUUUCAUUCAGCUUUUUUUGAAAUUUAAAACUUUUUACCAUAGAUUACUACAAUAUUAUCAAUGUACAGAGUUUACCCUUUGAAAGGUGUCAUACAGCGCUUAGCCAUCUUGAAAUUAUCAUUGAUAGAAAAGUGUUGAUGCAUUUAGUUUUCUCUUUUUGAAAUUGCACUUCACAGUCAGGUUGCAUUAGCAGAUAUCAAGGAAACACGGAUUGCCACGAACUAAUCGGUACAUACUUUGCCAAAGUCCGGUCCGACCUAUCAUUUGUAAAUCGCUGACCUUAUUUGACCCUUUGUUGUAACGAAUAUUGUCACUUCGGAUCGAUUUAACUUGUAAUCAUACGACAUGGUUGAUUGAAGAAAUAAACUUAUUGUUUUCGUGACAGAAUAAUUAAUAUAUUUUGUCGAUAUAAUUGUAACAUGAUAUUUACGCGUACAAGUUGCCAAGUUUUAGGCUAGGAUAUCUUUAAUAUAAUAUGAACAAGUUGUUACAGAAAUCAUUGCAUUUGUUUUUGUUAAUUUCGGGAACAAUGGUGUCAGUUUUAAUAAUUUCAACUCAUUGUCCCUGGAGAACAGUGCAUUUGGCAUCAGCAAUUGUUUAAGUUUAAUUUUAUUUGGAGAUUUAAUUUGAGCUUUCAUACUUAGAGUAGCGUCUGGAGCUUUUAACCAGACAAGAUCUUUUAUCAACAUCUGUGUUAACUGUGCAUUAAAAAUGUACAGAUUCCUGUACUUUUAAACAACUAGCUACGUUACGUUUAUAAAACACACGAGUACAUUAAUAAACCUGGUUUUUUAAUGUCUAUAAAGUUGUUAUGUUUUUUAAAUAAGUUCAUACAAGUGUUAAUAGUAUCUUUUUGUGACACAAU